AUGGGGAAGGACUUUGACGAAAUACGUAUUGGAAAAAUUGACGACUGUGAUUCAGAUAUUCGUAAAACGGGCCAAGAAAUGGACACCAUAAGACAAAGGACCAUUGCUUACGAAUAUCUGUGUCGAUUAGAAGAAGCUAAAACUUGGAUGGAAGCAUGUUUAAGAGAGAAACUACCACCAGCAACAGAAUUUGAAGAAAAUUUACGCAACGGAGUUUAUUUGGCAAAGUUGGGAAACUUUAUUUCUCCAGACUUGCUUCCUAUGAACAAAAUCUAUGAUAUUGAACAGAAACGGUACAAAAUAAUGGGGCUUCAGUUCAAGCAUACAGAUAAUAUUAAUAAGUUCCUUCAGGUCUUAAAACAGACAGAGCUGCCUAUGACUUUCCAGCCAGAAACAACAGAUAUCUAUGACAAAAAGAACAUGCCAAGAGUUAUAUACUGCAUACAUGCUCUAAGCUCACAUUUAUUUAAACUUGGAAAGGCACCACUCAUCCACGAUGUGUUUGGAAAAGCUAUAUUCACAGAUGAAGAGUUGGAUUCUGUCUCUAAAGAUCUCCAAAAAUGUGAACAUCCACUUCCUUCGUUUCAAAAGAUUGGAGGGAUUUUAUCAAAGAAUAACAGUGGUAAUGAUGGUGCCGCAAUGCAUGAUGCUGUUGUAGAGCUGAACAACCUUCUGGACACAGACAAAUCAAUUACUUCAGCUAUUCUAAAUCCAAAGUUAAAGUUGAAACAUGUUCAAAAUAGACUAAUAGAUGAGUACAAAAAAGCAUUAAAAUCAGCCAAAUAUGAAAAGAUUCAAGCAGCCCUUAAUCAUUCACUUAAUGAUAGCUAUGUACCCGAUGAGUAUGAUGAAUUACUUACUGUAGUCGAAAUACAAGGGCAUAUAACUGCGGUCAACUACAAAUACUUAUGGAAGAAAUUAUGUUCUGCCUCUCAGAAUGGCGAUGUUAACACUUUAGAUAAAAUAUUUAAUGAAAAUUGGGUCAAGACUAAGAAUUACAAUCCCCGUAAUUUGGAUUUCUACUGUGAUGUUGUUAAGGAAAUCAAUGAAUGCAAUAAAGAUGUCGAUGUAGAAAGUAUUACAAAUUGGCAUAAAAUAUUUCAAAAUAUUAUUAUUGAAGGGAAUCAGAAGGCAAUUGAGCACACAGACCAUAAAACAGCUAUCAAUGAAGUGAACAGAGUUUUAGAUGAAGGGACACCUGAUGAUUUAUAUGCUGUCUUAAAUCAUCCACAUUUAGAGUUGAAUUUUAAAGUGAAUAAAUUUGCUGUGCCUCUUUUGUAUGAAGAAAUGAAAUUGGAGAAAUUUGAAUUAGAGAAGAAUUUGAAUGAGAGUGAGAUAGCUGCUUCUGUAUCGUAUUUAUUAGCUAUAGCGUCUAUAUCUGAAGCUGUGGAUAGAGGUGAUGAUAAUGGUGUGUGGAAUGCUCUCAACUCGAAACAGCUGCACCUGGAAGGGCUGCGAACACAUUGCCGCCGACGAUACUUAUCGGCUUUAGCUACAGCCUUGCAAGUGAAGAUCAGAGAACAGUGUGCAUGUCCAUUGCUCACCCUGGACGACAUUAGAGACUCCAUAGAUAUGGUGAACAUGAAAGAUGACGACAAUGAGGAAUUGGUAUCAGUAAUAGAACACGUCAAUAAAGCUGUACUAGAUGAGGACUCUGACACUCUGAUGGUGUUACUAAAACAUUCUUGUUUGAAAUUAGGAGCGCCAUUGCGGAAAGAAGAGAGUCACUUGUAUUUACGCAUGCUGAAAAAGGUCCUUGUUCAAAAAGAAUCCCAAAAUCUUUGGCUUGAAGAUAUUGUACAAGUUGUUCAUGAAGUGAACUCAGAAUCUCAAAAUGUUAAAGAACUUACUGAGUCACUAGUUCAGUUAAAUCUAGCAGUUAUCAAAAAUGAUGUGGAAGAGUUUUGGAAUGCUCUAAGCCACCCUGUUCUUUCUACCUCCGGAAUGCUUGAAAGCUCUUGCAAAGAUGUCUACUUUCAAAUGUUUUAUAAGGCCCUAAAGAAAAAAGGUCACAACAUUUGUCCAUGGAUUGUUUGUCAUACAAAUGCUGGUAAUACAGUGUACAUUGAUGUGGAAUCAUACACAUACUGCUGGUCGACACCCAAAGACUUUGUUCCUUAUGCUCGUUAUUUAACAAGGAAAGAUGUGAACAAUAUAAUCGACAAAACCAACAAACAUCAUGUCAAUAAAUUCAUGCAGAUGGUUAUAGAAAACGCAGUUAUAAAACUUCAAGCCUAUUGCAGAGGAUACUUGCUAAGGAAAGCUCUUUCAGAAAGGCUACAAUUUUUCGAACAAAAUGAGGAAUACAUCGUGAAAAUUCAAGCUUGGUGGAGGAGAGUUGUAGUAGAAAGAAAAUAUGGAACUUUAAUAAAAAUGAAGGCUAUAGAAGCCAAAUUGAAGAGGGAAAGGAAACAAAAUCCGUUGGCGUGGUAUAAAGUACAGGAACCGAAAAUAAUAAAAAUUCAAGCCCUUUGGAGAGGACGUCGCGCACGGGAAGCCUUUACAGCCUUGUUCUACUCCAACAACCCUCCACUAAAAGUUGUUAAAAAAUUCAUACCAAUGUUAGACUUUUCAACUGAAGAUUAUGACAGAGAAAUAGAGUUACAAACACUAAAAUCAGAAGUGGUACAGUCAAUAAGGAAAAAUCAGGAACUGUCGAAACAAUUAGACGAUAUGGACUUGAAAAUUGGUCUUCUCGUUCAGAAUCGCAUUGCUUUGCAAGAAGUAGCUGCCCAUGGACUAAAGCUAAAUAAUUUAGUGAAACACAACUCUAUGACGAAACUUGUAUUAGAAAAGCACCCUGAUGGUAAAGGAACACUGAUGACAGUGUCUACAGCUGUGAAAGGGUUAAAAUCGCUCACCAAAGAAAGUAAAAGACUUUUGGAUGGAUACCAACACCUUUUCUAUGAGUUACAAACGAAUCCCACUUACUUAUCAAAGUUACUAUUCUGUAUACCACAAAACAAGACAAAUUUCUUCUUACAAAAUGUAGUGUUAAGUUUAUACAACUUUGGUGCUUAUGCUAGAGAUGAAUACUUAUUGCUGAAAUUAUUUAGAUUUACACUAGAAGAAGAGAUAAGCUGUAAAGUCGUGAAACCCUUUGAUAUAAUCGCAUCGACGCCAUUAGUACUCAAAAUGGCUGUUAGUUUAUCAAGACAACUGUCUGGAUUAAACAGCCUGCAAACUAUAAUUGGACCAUUAGUGAACAAAAUGCUUCAAGAUAAGAACUUGAACAUCGAAACUGGACCUGUGGAGAUUUACAAAGCUUGGAGGAAUGAAACUGAAAUGAAGACUGGGCAAAUCUCAAAAUUGCCCUACACUGUGAGCCAAGAAGAAGCCUUAACAUACCCAGAAGUAAAAUCCCGACUAGAGAAAGCUCUUACUCAACUCAAAACAAUAGUCACCAUGUUUUUAGAUGAAAUCAUCAAUUCCACAGAACUUUUACCGUUUUGUAUAACUUAUAUGGCGAGAGUGUUACACAGAGCUUUGUCUUCGAAAUUCCCUCAUACGCCAGAUAAAGACAUUCUAAAGGUCAUAGGAAAUCUCGUAUAUUACCAGUUCCUAAAUGCAGCCAUUGUAGCUCCUGACGCAUUUCAUAUCAUCAAUUUACCUAAUGGCACUGGUCUUACGACGGAUCAACGAAAAAAUCUCGCGUCUGUGGCGAAAAUCCUGCACUUUUCUGCUGCUAAGAAAGGCUUUGGAGAGGAAUCAAGUCAUUUACGGUGUCUGAAUCCAUUUAUCGUUGAGUGCCAUGAGAAAAUGAAGGAGUUAUUCCGACGAUGUUGCCGCGGACCUACACUUGAAGAAUACUUUGCAGUUGACGAGUAUACCGAAGCCACUCUAUUACAUCAUCCUCACAUUUAUAUCACAGUGCAGGAAAUCGUGGACACACACGCGCUUCUGAUCGAGUACCAGGACAUAAUAGCUCCCGACCCUCGAGAUAGACUUAACGAGCUGUUAGAUGAUUUGGGGGAUGUGCCCACCGUCGCUCAGCUUGCGUCCAGAGAUGUUGAUACGCAAAUGGGAGAUACUACUGAAGAGAAUGCGAGGUUAGAGGUAUGCCUUGCUCUUACCAAUAAAUUCCAGGCGCCUUCUGAUAAUUUGACUGAUCUAAACAAACUCUUCAUCAAAACGAAGGAGUUAUGCGUGUCUAUUAUUCCAUUUUUAAAUGGCGAGCAUCUUUUAGAAGCUUUAUGUAUUGGUACAACAAGAGAACAGCAGGAACAAUACGCUGGAAGAAUACAAAGACGUAUCUACUCGGGCCAGGCUCGACAAGACGAAGUAAUGACUUUACGGGAACACAUUGCUAAACUCCGCAAAAACUUGCAAAUGCUAGAGGACGAAGGUUACGUCACUCGAGAAGAUGGCUACCAAGCCCUAGUUACUUCUAUUGCACUCGACCUAUGUAACAAAGGCAAAUACAGACAGGCUCAAAGACGAGCUUUGGCAACCUUGACGCGUACAAAACAAAGUUUGCAAGACAAAACCAAAUAUUAUGAAGAAAAAUGCCAUUCUUAUGAUCAGUACAUAAAAUCAUGUCUAGCCAAUCUUCAUACUGGCAAGAAGAGUGUUCAUGCGUGCUUGAGAAGAUCAGGGAAAGACGUCCAAAAAUUAAAAUCGAAAUUAACAGUUAAGUAUUCAGGUGCAAAACUAUUAGAAAGAGGCGUACUUCUAGAAAUCGAUGGACUGUCUCCAUCUCAAUUCAAAAAUGUACAAUUUGACAUCACUCCAACUGAUCAUAACGGAGUGUUUACUAUAAAAGGUAAAUUCAUGGGUGUUGAGAUGGAGUCUAUUGAAGUAGACAUACAAGAUCUGCUUCAAAAACAAUACGAGGGUUGUGCUGUAAUGGAUAUGUUUGGGAAAGCGAAAAUUAACGUUAAUCUUCUAAUAUUUUUGUUAAAUAGUAAGUUUUAUGGUAAGUCGAAUUAA